CACUCAUGUAGUAGACUUCUUAUAAAGUUGUGAGAUCUCCCCAAUGCUCUUAUUCCUAAAAAUGGAGAAUGUUGAUCGAACAGUGGGCAACAUUUUGUCUGAAACGCCCUCUAUUGAAGAGCUGGAGGAUAUAUUACAUGGGGGUCAGCUGUCCUGUAACCAUGUCGAUGAAGUGUGGCCUAAUUUGUUUCUGGGGGACAUGUACAUGUCUCAUGACAGAUAUGGCCUAUGGAGACUGGGUAUAACUCAUGUUUUAAAUGCUGCACAUGGUAAAAUGUGUUGCAAAGGAAGAGAUGAUUUUUAUGGUACAACUGUGAAGUACUACGGUGUCCCAGCCAAUGAUCUGCCUACAUUUGAUAUUUCACCUUUUUUCUACCCUUCAGCACACUACAUUAAUGAUGCUCUCAGCACAACAGAUGCUAAAGUGUUUGUGCAUUGUGCUGUGGGAGUGAGCCGUUCCGCUGCUCUGGUCUUAGCUUACCUAAUGAUUUAUUGCAAUUACUCUCUGGUGGAUGCCAUCUUGAAAGUGAAAGAAAGAAGAUGGAUCUUUCCAAACCGUGGAUUUCUGAAGCAGUUAAUUACUCUCGGUAAUGAAUUAAACUACAAGGCACAGGCAAAGUAGCUUGAUAUUUUUUAAACAAGCAUCCAAUUCUGAAAUCUAUAAAUUCAAACAUCUAAUGACAUUUACUCCUGCAGUUAUCAACAACAAUCAUCAUUAACAUAAUAAAAAAACAAUUUCUGGUAUGUAUAAUCACAGCUUUGUGUUGUACUUUGGUUAAAUGUAGGCUCUUUUUUUCAAUAUUUAGUAUUUUAAUAUUUAAUUACUGAAUACCCCCUAAUACUGGACACAAAUUAAACCUCAGAUACAAUCUUUGAUAGCUAUAUUGUAUAUAAUCUUGAGCUGAUCAGUAUGCAACUGCAAAGCUGAUCAGCAAACACUGUUACUCUGUUUUUCUCUUUAAUUGUUCCACUAUGUACAAUACUCCAAAUGUUCACCGAUGGUCACUCAACACAAUUGUCACUUAUUGUCUCGUUCUCUCGUCAUCGGAUGAAUCAUCCGUAACUUGUGAAACAGAUCACAAUGUCCGUAGAAAUGGAACAAGCUAGAAUGGCAAUGAGAAACAAUUUUUUUAAAAAAUAUGUUGGCGCGGCCUAGACGUCAGUUAAGAUAUAGGCUACAUAAUAAUUAACAAAUCUUUACAAUGUACAAUGUAUUGUCAAACCUGGGGUUAAAUAUAUUUCAGUGUUCUGGUCCAAGGCACUGAUGUAGUGGGCUACAAAUAGCCUACAUGACUGAUCACG